UGUAAUGAACAGAAGGAAGCAUCAUAAUCUUACGAGAGAGGGGGAGGAGAGGAUGGACCUGCAGAGGUGAAAGUAGAUGAUUUUUGUUAGGCUUCUACUACUACAGCUACACCUAACCACUCUGUUCUAACUUCGAACCUUUAAAAGUAGAAGGGAACUCUUUCUCUCACGAACACUCACACACAAACACGCAUUGAGCGCGUUGUCAGAGAUGACAGCAUAGAAAUUCCACCCGGUAUCCUACAUGCAUACACAAAACUGUAGCUGUGGUAAAAUAUAACGAACACCGGGAGCUUGGUUCGCUUCGUUGCAUGGGGGACUCACUGCAUAUCCAAAAGGCAGAGCCAGUCCCCUGACCAACAGACUAAUUCAUUUGAAUUAGUUCAUGGAUUUAAUCAUCGCCGAUGUUACGAGAUACGUAACGGAUACGGGGAUUAAUAUUACAGGCACCGAGAGUUUACACCGCGCCCGGUGUACGGACAUUCUCGACAACGCCUCGGUAUAUUAAACCGGUGCCUCGGUAACGAGAUCGAGGGAGAACAUCAGUUAUUUCAGUAAGGCUAUCGUGCCAUUUCGAUAUAACAUGGUUCCGGGAUUUGAAUAGGUAGGCUAUCGUAACGAUACCCACUGGGAGUCAUUAGAACAAAAAGCGCUCCUUCAAUUUUCUACGCCUGCUUCGCGGCAGCAGGUUGGGGUAAUAGCCACCACCACCAGGAUUGCACAAGUCUCCCAUUCACAUGGGCGAAGGCAGGGCUCGGUUCUGUUUUGGUUGGACUCGGGCUCGCUGUCAAGAACAAGACAAAAGUGUGUCGGACCCUGGGAGGGAACCAGAAACGCGAGAGAGAUGGGCCGAACUGUUCGACCAACUGGACCUCAAUAAAGACGGUAAAGUCGACAUCAACGAGUUGAGGAUAGGACUCGCUGCCCGCGGUUUACUUCGCAGUGACGCGGAGGAGAUAGUGCGUGAGAGUGACACCAACCAUGAUGGCUUGCUGGACUUUGAGGAGUUCUCUCAGUACCUGUGGGCCCACGAGAAGGAACUGCGGCUCAUGUUCCACACACUGGACCACAACCAUGACGGGCGCAUUGAUGUCGGGGAGAUUCAACAAUCGCUGCACAACCUGGGACUGGAGGUGUCCACAGAACACGCCAUCAAAAUACUACAGAGUAUGGACAGGGACGGCACCAUGACUAUCAACUGGAAUGAGUGGCGAGAUCACUUCCUGUUUAACCCUCUUCACAACAUGGAGGGCAUCGCUCACUACUGGAAACACUCUCUGAUGUUUGACAUCGGAGAGCACAUGACAAUCCCGCCAGAGUUUUCCCAACAAGAGCGCCAGUCAGGGGUAGUGUGGAGGCAGCUGGUUGCCGGGGCGAUGGCAGGGGCGGUGUCACGUACAGGAACCGCCCCCCUCGACCGUCUCAAGGUCUUCCUACAGGUGCAUGGCUCCAGCUCUAGGGGGAUCAAGCUGUGGACGAGGCUGAGGGGGAUGGUCCAGGAGGGGGGUGUACGAGCCCUCUGGAGGGGCAAUGGCAUCAACGUCCUCAAAAUAGCCCCAGAGUCUGCCAUCAAGUUCAUGGCCUACGAACAGAUCAAGUGGUUGAUCCGGGGCAGAAAUGAAGCGGGUACUCUGCGGGUGCAGGAGAGGUUCAUCGCUGGCUCUCUGGCUGGAGCCACCGCACAGACCAUCAUCUACCCUAUGGAGGUGCUGAAGACUCGUCUUACCCUGAGGAAGACUGGCCAGUACUCUGGCAUUGUAGACUGUGCCCAUCAGAUCCUGAGGAAGGAGGGGAUGCGAGCCUUCUACAGGGGCUACCUGCCCAACACACUUGGCAUCAUACCGUAUGCUGGCAUAGACCUGGCCGUCUAUGAGACUCUGAAGAAUGCCUGGCUCCAGCGGUACAGUAAGGGCUCUGCUGACCCGGGGGUGUUGGUACUGCUGGGCUGUGGUACUGUGUCUAGUACCUGUGGACAACUGGCCUCCUACCCCCUGGCUCUCAUUAGAACACGUAUGCAGGCCCAGGCCUCCACUGAGGGGGGGCCCAAGCUGUCCAUGGUCGGUCAGUUCAAGCACAUCAUAUCACAUGACGGGGUACCUGGGCUCUACCGCGGCAUCGCCCCCAACUUCCUGAAGGUCAUUCCUGCUGUCAGCAUCUCGUACGUGGUAUACGAACACAUGAAGAAGGCUCUGGGUGUGAAAUCGUAGAGAGAGGAAGUGAGAGACAGAAAAAAGAGAGGGAUAUAGAGUGCAGCUCUUGGAUUUCAAGAUGGAGAGGAAGACAGCAGAGGAUUGAGGGAUAGAAGACAGAUAGUCCACCCUUUUCAUACACAUUCAGUAAGCUUCCCGUUUACACCUAGCUAGACAGAUAUACUCACUGUUUGAAUCUCUCAGCCCCUCAAUGACGCUGUACCGUCAUUAAGAAAGACGGAAGAGUCUGCUAUCAGGCUGAGCUGAAGUCUGUAAGAAACUGCUGUGUGUGAGACAGAUUAGGAGGAGGAGGUGUGAGGGGAAGGAAUGAGAGAGAGAGAGAGAGAGAGAGAGAGAGAGAGAGAGAGAGAGAGAGAGAGAGAGAGAGAGAGAGAGAGAGAGAGUCUCGACAGAAUCUAGGCCAUUCUUCCUCUUUGUUUAUGAGCUGUAACCACCAUUAUAGUCACAUCUCCACAAUAAGUCUGUAUGUUGCCCUCCAACCAAACACAGUGAAGCACAUAGUACAGUUUGUAUACCUAUAUGUAGGCACUUAUCUAAGGUCUGUUUCAUGGUUUGUGAAUAUAAAGUGAUCUUCCUCCAAUGACCUUGACAUGUACUGUAUAUUCACUCUUUACUACACAGCAGAAAAUGUGGGGUUGUUCCACAGUGUGCUGUUGCUAGAACACUACCAAGCCAAAGUACCCUACUCUUUAUUUCAAUAUCUCAAAAGAGAUUAGAAUUGGAUUACAUGCACUGUGUUUGUCUUCAGUUGCUAUUCUCAAAAAAGUACAUUCUAAUGGGGGAGUUUCUAAAGUUCUUAAACGAGGAAACUUUUUUGACGUUUACAUGUUGUACUGCAUAUUGUUGCAGUAUGUAUUUUGUAAGGGAAAGAUUCUGAACACAUUUGCAAGAGAUACUUAUACAGGGUCUUAUUCAGAGCUGUUCCUCCGACCUAGUCCAUGAAGGGCUUUGCACUUUUCUCCCCUAUUUGUUUAGGGGAAUGUUUUUCCCCUAUUUCAAGUGUCUCUUAUAUACAUACAGUCAGGUCCAAAAUUAUUGGCACCCUUGAUAAAGAUGAGCACAAAAUACUAAAUAUUACACAUUUUGAGCUAUAUUGUCUGCUUCAAAGAAAUUGAACAUGAUAUCAUUUUAUACUAAGACAAUUACUCAGAGAAAGAGAUUUUGUUUAAAUCUAGAAAUCUUAAAUAACAAAGCGGUCAACCAAACACUUUUUUGGUAAAAAUCUGAGGGAAGGGCCUGGAGAAAUGUAACCACUCUCAAAUUCAUAGACAGAGCUACGGAUGCAAGAACUGACCAUCAAUGAGAUGAAAAUGAUAGUUUUAACCAUGUUUUGAGGCUCUACAUUGACAUUGUCUACAAACAUUGGAGUAAAACAAGGUUAUAUUUUGGGUUCUGAUGGGGUACGACAGUUGAACUAAGUGUAACAGUAUAACUUUACGUCGUCCCCUCGCCCCGACACGGGCGCGAACCAGGGAACCUCUGCACACAUCAACAACGGUUGCCCACGAAGCAUCGUUACCCAUCGCUCCACAAAGGCCGCGGCCCUUGCAGAGCAAGGGGCAACCCUACUUAAAGUCUCAGAGCAAGUGACGUAACUGAUUGAAAUGCUACUAGCGCGUACCCGCUAACUAGCUAGCCAUUUCACAUCCGUUACAUAAGCUCUUGAGGCAUUUAUAAGUUAUAUUCUUCAAUAAUCAAUGGGUAUAUAUCAUUCCUUUAUGAGUCCAAAAAUGGAUGUAGCAACUAAGGAUUCUUGCUUUAACAAGUAAAAAAAACAUAUUUUAAAAAGGGGUUAAAUUUACUGCCACCCCUGUUUUCAUUACCUUUCAAUACCAAACCUUGUGAGGAUAACGGCACUGAGCCUUUUUCUCAAAUGUUUUAUGUGAUUGGAGAACACAUUGGGAGGCAUCUUAGACCAUUCCUCCAUACCACUGGUUUUCAAGUGGAUUCAUGUCUGGAGACUGAGAUGGCCAUUGCAAUGUUUAUUUUGUGGUCAAUUAACCAUUUCUGUAGCUUUUGAUGUGUGCUUGGGGUUAUCGUCUUGCUGGAAGAUCCACUUGCAGCUAGGUUUCGGCCUCCUGGCAGAGGCAACCAGGUUUUUGACUAAAAUGUCCUGGUACCGGGUAGAAUUCAUGAUGUCGUUGACCUUAACAAGGGCCCCAGGACCAUUGUUAGCAACAUUUCCCCAUAACAUGAAAUAUCCACCACCAUAUUUUACAGUAGGUAUGGGGUUAUUUUCUGCAUAUGCAUUCUUUCUUUCCACGCAAAAUCCAGCACUGGUGUGCAUGGCUAAAGAGUUAUAUUUUCAUGUCGUCCAACAAAUGGAAACUACUGGAGUUUUUUAACAGCUUUGGCACUUGGAUUUGAAUCAGUGCUAUGGUCAGAUGACGUGAAAAUAAAGAUCUUUGGCCACGCACACCAGUGGUGGGUUUUGCAUUGAAAUAAAUAUGCAUAUGCAGAAAAUAACCCCAUACCUACUUUAAAAUGUGGUAGUGGGUCUUUCAUGUUAUGGGGCUAUUUUGCUUCCGCUGGUCCUGGGGGAUUCACACUUCCUGGCCUCAAAAUCAGCAUUAUUGCCAGUUGUCUUGUCCUGGUAGUUAAUAGAUCAAUUAAUGUCAGUAAUUGUCCAGAGAGCUCACUCCCCUGGUUUCCUAGGUCUGAAUCAGUCCCUGAUUAGCAGUGGUGGAAAAAGUACCCAAUUUUCAUACUUGAGUAAAAGUAAAGUGAAAGUCACCCAGUAAAAUACUACUUGAGUAGUAUUUGGUUUGAAAUAUACUUAAGUAUCAAAAGUAAAUGUAAUUGCUAAAUAAUACUUAAGUAUCAAAAUUAAAGUAUCAAUAAUUUUAAAUUCCUUAUAUAAAGCAAAUCAGACGACGUCAUUUUCCUUUUUUUUAUGGACAGCCAGGGGCAUGCUCCAACACUCAGACAUCAUUUCCAAACAAAGCAUGUGUUUAGUGAGUCCACCAGAUCAGAGGCAGUAGGGAUAUUCUCUUGAUAAGUGUGUAAAUUAGACAAUUUUCCUGUCCUGCUUCUGUGUUUCAGGGAAAAUGUAUGGAGUAAAAGUACAUAAUUUUCUUUAGGAAUGUUGUGAAGUAAAAUUAAAAGUUGUAAAAAAUAUAAAUUGUAAAGUAAAGAUACCCAAAAACACUACUUAAGUAGUAUUUUCAAGUAUUUUUACUUAAUUACUUUACACCACUGCUGAUUAGAAGGAAAGUUACCCAUCUAUGAUGGGCUCCCGUGUGGGGCAGUGGUCUAAGGCACUGCAUCUUAGUGCUAGAGGUGUUACUACAGACCAUGGUUCGAUUGGGCGGCGCACAAUUGGCCCAGCGUCAUCCGGGUUUGGCCGGGGUAGGCCGUCAUUGUAAAUAAGAAUUUGUUCUUAACUGUCUUGCCUAGUUAAAUAAAUCAAUGUGUGUCAUAAUCAGGAAUUCCAUGCUCUUGGUGGAAGGGAAUGUGCUGUAGGUUAUCUCCCAGUCUGGAGUGCAUACUUAGUCCAUGUUCUGUGUGUAAUGGCUCCUGCAUCAUGUGAGGUAGUUAGAUAAAGAUCAGACCUGAAAGGAUGGGCUCAGUUUGAGGCUUGGCCAAACCAUUUUGUUGCAGAUAUUAAGAGACUAUGUUUGUCCUCCAUGACACCAUUGUGUUGUGUAUCUAUUUAGUAGGUUUAGCACUACAGUACAGUUUGUUUCCUAACUAACUAACUAACUCCUCACUAUAGUGUGGACCUCAUAAUAGCGUAUACUGAAAGCAGCAGGAUGAAUCGUCCAGGAGGUAUCUGACAGUGCCGCAAACCUUUCCAUGACACCCUAAUGCAAACAUUGGGGAAACCAAUUACUGUAUAGGCUGGAUGAAUGCUCCACAGAGAUCUUAAAUCGGUUCUAGAAUUAUAUGAAUAGUAACCAAUUUUAUGGGAUUCUACAUGUAAUUCUACGAAAUGUACAUCAUCAUCAUUAUAAUUUCAUAGCCCAGGCACAAUUAACUUUUACUGUAGUUUAAUUUAGGUUUAGAAUGAGAAAGUAGUUACCUUUAAUUCUAUGAUGUUAUGUGAUUAAUAUAAUUGUUCUACCCAUACUCUGCCCUCGUUGUAUUGGGAUACAGUAAUGGUCUCUCUGAUGGAUGUCAAUAGGUUUAAAUUAAAGCAGUAAAUUGAAUAAGCUGCUUAGGUGUUGUUACAUACUGAUGAGCAAAGACCAUAACAUAGAUUUUAUCAAACAUUGCUGCUGACAUAGAUUCAUAUUGAUUCAUAUGUGAUUCAUAUGUGAUUCAUAUUGAUUCAUAUUCAUAUGCGUGUUAUUUGUAAUUUGGAAGCCAAUGACUUGCUUUCCCUGAUGAGAUUUCCACCAUCAUGUCCAUCAUGACUAUUGAAAGCCAUCUAUUUGCCUAAUUAACUUGUGAUUCAAUUUUAAAUAUCUUUCCUAAUCCUUUAUAUCUUUGCUGGCUCUUUGGCCAGACUUGUAUCACUUUUUAACAGGAUGGGAAAUACGUGAAAGGGAGGAGUUUUAGAUAGUAGUUCCUUGAAAUGAAAUAGAAAGGGGAAAGGGGAAUGAAAAGGGUAGAUGAAAGAGAAGUUAUUAAGAGAUAACUGUAGACAGAUGAGUGAUGCAUUUACUUGAAAAAUACUGAAAGCAACUCCUGUACUAGUACUCCUGUACUCCUGUACUAGUAAACAAUAAUAUUGUAAAAAAAUAUAUACAUUGUUAACAUUGCAAGCUAUGGUUGUGAAUGCUUGCUUCAUGGAGUAUUUUAAGAUCAUAUUUUCUUUCAAAAUACUUUGAAUGCUUGCUUGAUUGCUUCUUAGUGUUGGGAUGCCUUGAAUUUGCAGAAUAUGUCAUCGUAGAGCAUGACUAGUGCAUGCUAGUAUAUUUAAAAAAAACAUUAGACUCAAACUGUAUUUUAUGUCUUUAGACUGCUCUGUCUUUCAGAUUAAUUAUACUUAUUAACACCCUUUAUAAAACUGUGCAGUCUAACCCUCUUCUUUAUAAUAUGAUAAUAUAUGCCAUUUAUAAAGGCUACUGGUGGAAAACCCUUUCCAUUCACUGACUCGUCGACAGUCAUUCGUGUUCAGUAACAUCCAUUUGUUCUCUCUCUGCACUUUAUAAACAGCCAUUAAGUAAAAUUAGCCUUCACUCUGUUUUUAUUGCAUGAGUUGUAAUUGCUUAAUGACAGAUAGUCUGUCAUUGUUAAUGUUCUCUGGAGCUCUUGCAGUGAUUAAAACUGCUGCUCCGUCCACAAGUUUUGUGUUUACUUAUCUUCCUAAAUCUAUAUUAUAUUUACUUCAUUUACAAACAUAUAAAAUAUUUGCUGGAUAUAUGUUUUGAAUAUAGCUGCUACCACCCCCUACCUGCCUUUUUAUUCUAAGUUAUAAUAUUCACUAUCUAUUCGUCGUCUUCAUAACAGACAUCAAUGCGGGCGUAGAUUGUAUCAAGAAGUAAAAUAUGGGAGACUAGAAUGCACAUUUUAUUAUUUUCAUUGCUUGAUAUUUUGGAGCUACUGUAUUGUAUAGAAUUCAGGGGGUUGUUGGUUCUGUCUGGUAUGAAACCAGAAACUCCCAUGCUGGGUAUGUACACUACUGUAGCUGCAGUGCCAAUAGGACUAGCCCUCUUGGCAGUGGCCGUAGUAUGUGUAUCACAGGGUUGCUACAAUAUGUUUAUUGAACUCUGCGUUACAUAUACUCUGCAAGUAUUAUGAUCAGUUUCUAAAAUGAUCUAUUGUGUAUGUGUAGAAAAUGAUACAGAACUGUAGUUAUUGUCUAUAGAAAUGCAUUGCCAUGGCAUGGUUGCUCGUAUGGCACUUUUAUUUUCAAGGAAAUUGCUAUUUACCUUGUCUGGUGAAUGUGGUGGAUUGGGUUGGCCCAAAUUGGUAGAUCUAAAAAUAAAUACAACAUUUCAGGAUUUUAUUGCAUGAGGUGAUGCUUGUGCAUCUCUGACUGUAUAUCUGCAUUAUAUGUCAAUAAGAUGUACAUACUCUUAUAGGUACAGAUUCUGAAAUUGCUACAAAUAAAGCUAUUUUCAAGUCA